AUUACUAGUUUAACAUGUGUGCAUCAAUGGUCGGUGUGUAGUUACUUGGCGCGAACCGCAAAGUUUCGUUUGUGUGAGUGAAAAUGGAAAUGGAUGGAUAAUUUCCCGUUUGGCACGUGAAUAGUUAUUUUUAUUUAUUUCCAACAAUAAACAGUUCAUCGCCAAACUGGGUGCCAAAACGGUCGAAAGGUUUCUGAGCCUUGCGGACAGUAAUUUCCUGGACGAUGUUAACGACGACUUAAAAUGUUAUUUAGCCGCAAGAAGAGUUGACAGUGUGCUGGUGUUUCCACCAGUUAGCAACUACAGAAGGUUCCUGAUCCAUCAGUGUGUGGAGCAGUCAGGCUUGCCGGAGCUCACCACCUUUUCUAUAGGUGUGAGCGACGAGAGACGCACUGUGGUUUGCUUCAGAGAGAGGCUAUUAAGUGAUGAGGCUUGCGCGAGACCAACCAUGGGGCUGACACAUGCCGACCAUGACGACCAUGCCAACAUUUCACAUACAGACGCGGUGGUGGGGGCCAGCAGGAGUCGCCGCGAACUCAGCGAAAAGAUCAGCAGAGCUGGUCCCGCGAAGCCGCGUCGUCCCGACCGCGCGGUCUACGUGCCCAGAGCUCUACGGCAGGCCGACAACGCAUCAUCGGACGAAAGUAAAACCGAGAACAACAAACGGACCAGCCAAAUUAACGAGAUACCAAAGUGCCCUAAGUCGCCAGCGCCGAGAGACAAGUCCGCUCACGGCACACCCAGGAAGUCCUUAGACAAAACCUUCUGCAACGUCUACGUGCCGCCGCACCUCAGGAAUCAGAGAUCUCCUCAAGCCGCUAACGACUCGCCAGACGUCCAGACGACGUCCUCCGACGCAAACGAAUCCGUGCCUUCAGGCUACCAAGUGCCAAAUAGUGAGAGUGCAAUAUCGUUUAGUGCCGAGAAUUUAGGUGACGUUGAAGUGAACGAGAGUUUUUAUAUAGGUGAUUAUUUCGCGAACGGACAGCUAGGGUUCUACAGCCCGAGCUAUUACGGCGAGUACGCGGACCCGAGCCGGGAAUACGGGUCGGACCGGACCCAGUGGCGGACCAAUGAGCUAGACGACAACAUGGCGAUGAACGAACAGAAUCAAAGCAAUAUUAUAGAUAAGGAUUAUAUAUACGAGAAAGAUGAAGAUUACGAGAAGGAAGAGCUUAAAAGAGCUUCGCAGGAGAUCAACAGGAGCAGCAAGAGGAUAAUAAAGCAGAGUUUCGAUUCUGACGUGCUCGUUAUAUCGGAUCCAGCUGACGAAACAGAAGAGAAGACAGACGUUUCGGUCGUGCCAGAGAAGGACGUGAAAGAGCCAGAAGCGAAGAAAACCAAACCAAAACUUGAGCCCAAAGUUUCUUUGAAGCGGGAAGAUAACGACUGGGACGCGGUUUUCGAUGACACGGGCGAGUGCCUUGACCCGUCUCUGUUGGAGGAGCUGACGACGACCGUAGGCAGGGUCCACAUCAGCAAAGCCAAGAACAACUACGAGCAGUACCAGACCAGGGGUCAGUCGUUGUUCAACGGUCCCUACGACGAGACGUUUGGUCACGUCGUCGAAGUGUACGACUUCCCUAGUGAAUUCAAAACGAACGAUUUGUUCUCGUUGUUCAGUGAAUAUAAGGACACCGGCUUCGAGAUUAAGUGGGUCGAUGACACGCACGCCCUGAUCGUCUUCAGCAGCGCCAAGAUCGCGUCAGAAGUUCUAGCGACGCAGCGGACGCUGGCUAAGUGUCGACCUCUUCACGCCGCCACUCUUGAAUCGAGGAACAAAGCUAAGAAAUGCGCCGAGUUCCUACAACCGUACAGGCAGCGGCCGGAGACGUGCACGGCGCUGGCGCGGCGCCUCGUGUCAACCGCGCUGGGUGUGCGGCUUAGCACCGCACGCCAGGAGCGGGCCGAGGAGACCAAGCUGCUCACCAGGGCUCGAGAGAAGAAGCGUCAAGCGGCGCUUCACAAGGAGGCCGCGUGGGAUGGCUCGCUGGCCAAUCGAUCGCUUGCUGACUCCUGAGAUUCACAAAAUGCAGUUGUUUCACAUGGACUAUAAUAACAAAAGGAGGUUGAUGGAGGAACUUCAUAUAUUUUAAAACGAGCUCUCAAAAUAGUUAAUUAUUUACAUAAUAUUUAAUAGAUAAUGUUAUAGAAUGUUAUACAUAGUGUAUUUUUAUAACGCGUAAAUCUUUUAUCGAUAACGUUCAAGAGGUUUUCACGUCCCUAAGACUUUUUAAUGUUAAGUUUUUAGUUUUUAAAUGUACGUACGUGUUUUUACUUUUUAGUGACGUUAUCAAUAUAUUAUUGUGAUUGACGAGUGCUUCCUGUUGAUAUAUCGAUAAUUUUACGGUCUACAAUCCAAAUCGUUUCUGAAGAACGUGAGUUUUAGUAAAUGAAUCGAUCGAGAUAUAGUUCGUCUUUUUCUUUUCUUUUUUACGUAUGGCAAUUGUCUGUCUUCUGUGACUCCAUUGUUGCCAGUGUCGAUUUUACAAAAAUCUGAAAACAUUAACUACAAUACCCACAUAUUGUUAUAUGAAAAAUUUUAUGAAGCGAAAUGAGGUGAGGUCGAUUAAUUAGAGAAUUUCAUCGAUUUAGAUAAAAUUAAUUGAAAUGAGAUUAGAUGAAAUAAAGUCUCAGUAAAAUUAUAGUUAUUUACUGAGACUAUUUCAGUAGAGUUUUUGUGAGCAUCCGAGAAGCUACAUAUGGCGGCUUUGUUUUUUUUUUUUAUAUAUUUGGGCACCAUCACAGAUUUUAAACAAUCGAUAAACCAUCGCCAUGCAAACCGCACCUAAAGAAACACAAAAAUAAAAUAAUUAGUAACUUCUGUGUUCGGGUUCUAAUAGGGUUCCAAAUAUUAUUAUCGAUCGUAUCGAUCAUCCUUGUGUAGCUUGUUAAGUAUAGUUCGGAAAAUGAGGGCUUAUAUGCUUCGUCGGCUGUCUCGCUUAUCAAGCUAUACUUGACGAACUAUAUGACGUUUCAAAGUGUCAAAACUUGAUUGUUUCAAUUGGCUUUUGGAACUACAUCAACAGCGAUCCUGUCAUCAAACAUUCUUAGCUACUCACUAAAUUCUUAGUUACAAUCUGUGACUUAGCUCGUUCACGAAGCCCGCUAUAGAAAACAGAGUAUUAUAUAGACUUGACAUUGGCAAAAUCUAAAAGGAAACGCCAUUAACCCAAGAGAUAGAUAGGUGGACUUUUGGAACGAAAGUAAAUUGUAUAAAAGUAAAUAUAUUGUGUAAAAUAAUAAGUUGCAGGACGCGUAUACGCAGACGAUAGGUAGGGGAGGGGGGUAAUAUAACGCAAAAAUUACCGCAUUCAGUUUUUAAAAGCCAAUAUUUACUACUACUACAAUACUAAUCGCUAUAUGAACAAGUGAGACAGCUCAAAAGAGACACUUUUUUUUUCGCUGUUUAUACUGUCUCAAAUAUAAUAUUUUUUGAAGUGAAACUUCUAAUGCGACUUCCAACGAGGUUGCGUUAAACGUUCAACGCUCCUGGGGAGGGGGAAUAGAAAGAGAUAGAGAGAGAGAGAGAGUGAAUGCGUUGCACUCGAACGCACGUGUGUAGUAGUACACUGUUACAGCGCGAGUGUUAGCAACGAGUAGCGGCCAAUAUUUUAAUGAAGUAUUUAAUUUAAAAUAUUUAUAAAUAUUGAAGAUGUCGCAUCUCUUAUACACAACAUUUCCUAUUACAAAAGCAAUCUGAUUUAAAGAUGAAAAAUGAAGAAAACCACUAAUACUGCACAUCGAAAAAGAAGUUUCACUUCAUUCACGUGCAUCAAGCUACACGCGCACCGUUUUUAUUUUAAUUUCCCUACGGAUUUUUUUUAUUUUUGCUUGUCGUAAAUUUGCUAUAUAUUUUGCGAUAUAUGCGAUAUAGUGUAACGCCGUGCACUGCAAACACAAAUUAUAUAUGAUUGCGUAUGACAGAUAGGUGACUUGCAAUUAUGAUUCCUAUUACUAUGUAGUUGGAUAGAGCUGAGAAAGUUUUAUCGACUUUUUUGUCUUGUACACCCAUGCGUAUUUCGUGCCUUUAAUGUCUAGUCUAAACGUAUUUUUAUGUGUUUUUUUAGGGCAAUGAAAACCUCGUGUACGUCGGUUUAGUUUAAUCUAAGGGAAAUAAAUAGUGAUGGGAAUAUGUAUCGAUAGAUUUUAAAUUACAGUACGGUCGUGUGCAUUCGUUCUUCUAAAUAACAUUAAUAAAUAUUUUUCGAUCUCGAUACUUGGUUCUUUGUAAUUCGUAUUCUCUCUUACAUAUUUCUUAUGCAGUGUUGUGUAUUAAGAGGGUUCCAUCGCAUUUUCCUUAGAUCCGACUGUGGAUUAGGUUCGGAGAUCAGUGAAGAUGUUAAUAUAAUUAUUAUCGUUAAGGAUUACGUAGUUUAAAUAAAAAGGCUAAUGUCAAACUUUUAAAUUACAAAAUAAAAUGUCCUCAUCGAAAAUCGAUAACGCCCAAUCGAUUAUUCGUACAAACAACAAUGAACUUUAAUAUGAGUGUAGUAAAGUUGAGUUAAAAAAAACUUUAGUGCUUCCAUUGCAUUGUUAAACGGAUUAAAGUUUGUUGUUGCAUGAAUUCCCUCAUGUUUUUCUUGAAAUAUUCUACAACCGUAAAUUGGUCACAAAACGAACUAUAGUUAAAUAUCAGUAGGGGGCGAUGAGUACUGCCGCGAUGACAUCAGAUAAUACAUUUACCGAUUCUAUGCGCGAGCAAUGAAAUUUAAAAAAAAUAUAAGUGACGCACGGGGUCAAUGACCUAUCGCGUCGCGUCGCCAACCAAACUGCAGUGUAGUGCGAAGCUUAGUGUCGGAAGAGACUAAUUAAAUAAAUAUUAAUUUAUAUUUAUAAUUUAGAUUUAUUGUACGGUAGGCAGCGGCUUGGCUCUGCCAAUGCCAGAUUGCUGAAGUUCAUGGGCGACGGUAACCACUCACCAUCAGGUGGGUCGUAUGCUCGCCUGCCUACAAGGGCAAUAAAAAAGAAUAGUAAAUGUUCUGCUCUUUGAUGUUCUUAUUGGCGUUAAUCUUUGGAAAAAAAAACCAUGACUAUUUUGAAAUAGUCACGGUUUUUUUUUUGAAAAAUUAUAUACUAAAAAACAGAUAAGAUAAUAGAACUCAAAUAUUUUGUCUGUGCUUAUUUAUAUAUAAAAGAUAUUCAGUUCUUUUAUUUUUGUGCUGAAAAUUAACCACAACUGCUAUAGUUUAGUUUCUCCGAAGCGAUGAUAGUAAUAUAAUAUUACAUUUGGUAAAAUCAAUAUUGUUUUUUGGUUUUUUAGUUUUGGCUUCAAGGCAGUCUUCGUCUACACUGUUUUUUUUUUUCAAAAUAAUUUAUACAAAUAGGUGUGUAGUUUUUUAAUCGAAUGGGAUCAAAACAAGUCAAUUACAUAGAAUUUUUCCCUUAAAAUCAGCCUCAUAGAUAACUAACGAGAAUCAAAUGCGUUUUGACAUGUUUGAUUUGAUUACUAAAAAAGCUCAGUUGAAAUAAUAAGUAUAGUAUAUUAUAUAGGUCUUAUAUAUUUAAUAUAGUAUAUUAUAUAUUUUCUGUCGGAAAACUAAAAUCAGAAAAACAUAUUAUAAUAAUCGAAUAUUUGAUAAUUAUCUAUACAUAUAAAUAAAAUUUGAGUGUCUGUUUGUAAUAUUGAAAUGACCGCUUUUUACUACAUGCAUAUGAAUAUAUAUACGGUAUACACACUAAAAUGUCUGUCUGUCUGUCUGUUUGUUCCGGCUAAACUCUGGAACGGCUGGACCGAUUUUUACAAGACUCACUGCUAGGUAGCUGAUGAUAUAAGGAGUAAAUUAGGCUACUUUUUUUAGACUAGCUUCGCCCCACGGCGUCUCCCGCGGUACGACAAUAACCGCGGGUAACAUCGCGGGACUCAGUUAUUAAUAAUAAAAUUUAAUGUUUCCGAAGCGAAGCGAGGGCGGGUCGCUAGUCUUCAAUAUAAAAAUAAGGAAAAAGCCAUUUCGGUUUGCAGUUUUGUUAAACUAGAGGAAAUAUGUGAAAUUUGAUUGAAAACAUAAGACUACAUAUUCCGCAAGUCGCCGUAGGAAAUGUAUGUUCACGUAUGUUCACGUGAGCUCACGGCUGGUUGCCAAAUAACUCACAAUGUUCACUGUAAACUAUAUCGUCAUAUUUGCGUUUCGGUCGUUUAUUUAGCGAACCUUUCCUAAGAGAAAUGUCAUUUAAUACUAAACAAGGAAGAGCUUGAUUUUGCAUUUUCAUAUGUGUUUUAAUAUUUCCUACAUAAUAUCUAUAUACUAUCGUUGUGUGAUUGAAAACACAAGAUCAGGUAUUGGCCUAAUUUAAUAAUUCACAAUCUGUCAGAAAAUCAAUAUGAAUAUUGACGCUGACACCAAUAGUAAUUUGUUAAAUAAACGCCCAGAAAUGUAUAUAAUCUUUAAGGUCCUUUAAACUUUCGAUCAAUACGUUCGCCUAUAUUUCCCAAGUCAUAAGGUUCAAAAUUGCGAAACUUAGAUGUUUAACCACUUGUAAGGCCGCUCUGGAGUUGGGCCCCAAUCGUGUUAAAAAAUAUAACGAAUUAGCGUAUUAUAUAAAUAAGUGAUGUAGUUUUUAUUUCAAUAUCGACUUCGCCAAUCACGAUUAUCGAUUCUAUUUGAAUAUCGAUAAUAUAGGGUUUAAGUUUAAAUGAAUUAUACUUAGACAUUUUAAACUGUGUGCAUUAUACCAUUUCGUUUUGAUUAGAAUUAAAAAUUUUUUUUUGCAAUUCUCUUGGAUUGCCACACGCUUGUAAAUUUGUAGGGUAAUUUCUAUGAUAUCGAUAAUAGUGAUUCGAAUCGAUAUAAUAUGUAUCGAUACUCGGUGACUGGAUUGUCUAAAAUCGAUUUAUGAUUUUUUUUUUGUUAAAAAAAUAUGUCGACAAUUUUUAGAUAAUUGUUACCGAUGUUUGCGACCAAAGAUCUGAUUUUGUGGUACCGAAAUGUUAAAAGUAAUAAUACGAAAUAUUCGCUAAAAAUCGUCACACAGAACUCUUUGCACUCGACAUAAUUUGAAUAUUAGUCUUUAUUAUGUAUUUUUCCUAUCCUAAUUUAAGAAAUACAAUUAAGAAUGUUUUGCGUGAUAUGUGAAAGAAUUUAAUCUGCAAACGACUAAGCAAUACAAGAAUAAAUAUAACAGCAUAAUAUCAAGCGAUUAUCGAUAAAAAUAAAAUCGAUUUUGUUGUUUCGAAUGACACAGUUAUAGAACUAUUGACCAUAUUAUAUGCAUGUUACGAUUUUAAGAUUAAUAUUUUUAAAUGUUGAACAAUACCGUCCAUAAUACGCAAUAAGUUUUCACAUAAUAAAUGUUUUGCACACACACACACAUAUUUACAAUUAUUUUAAUUUUUUAUCUCUUUACGCGGCAUGGGGUAACUUGUAGAAGUUCUAUAAGUAACAGAAAUCGACUUUAAUAAUUACUUCAGAGCCCCACGUAGGACACCGGUGACCUACAUAACAGUCAAAGGGUUAAGCUACAAUAAUUUUAUUUUCGUGGAUCAGCACACAAGGUAAAAGCCAUCGAGAUAAAUAAAUAGUAUUUUAAAUUUUGUAAAUGUGUUUUGUUUUUUUAAACCAAUGUGGCAUCGACAUUCAUUUUACUGCCAGAAGUUCCGUGUCUUUUCGGGAAAAUAAAAAAAUCUAACUUGUACACAAUAAUGGAAAUUAAAGAUAUUCUUAUCAACGAGUAAUUAAUGAACAAAUAGUGAUUAAAACUUUUCCCGGAAAAGUGCGAUGUAAAAAAUGGAAAUAUAUUUUGUGGAUACAGAUAUAUUAUAAAUAGUAUAAUAAUAUUAUCGUUCGAUUACCCGGAAGCUUCAUCGAAAACUGUACAAAAUUUAUCGAAUACAUUAUUUUUGUAAAGAAAACGAAAGUUGAAUAUGUAAAUGAAUAAAGUUUAUUCUCAUUGACUGA